UCUAGAUCUUAUUGUGGUUUUUAGGUAUAGAUUGGAUGGGAGAUUUUUGUUAACAUACUGGUAAGGGGUUGCGUGAUUGAGUUGCCAUUUUGCAAAUGUUUUUGUCGUUUUUAGAUUAUGAGUCGGUGGGUUUCAGUGUUCUGACCUCAAAUGCCUCUAUGCCACUCCCACUUACAAACGGCCGGCGUGUAGUGCAACUAGACUGUCGCUUAGAUUGGGUUAUCAUUCACAACAGAGGCUUGACUCUUUUUAUUCCCUGUUGUAAUUGGGAAAGCUUCCUUUACCACAAAAAUCUUUCUUCUUCUUACAUUUUGUUAAUAUUUUUGCGUUUCUCAACAGCAUGUGUUCACAUGAUCACAAAAGGCACUUAAGUCAGCACCACUACAUCCUCCUCAGUCUCUUGCUUCCACCAGACAAAUGCCAAAAUACAUGUCGUUAAGCACUGUUUACAUUCAAACAGCAGAAAAAAAUCUUAUUGAAUAUUUUGAAAUGUAUUAAAUCUUUAAAGCAGAGGCUCAGAUGCAGUCUGCGUUGUGCAUGUACAAAUAAUUUCAGUAAACAUAAAACUAAAAAUAAUGAAACACAUAUUUUCAAAACAUCUGAGCAAUAGGACACAUCAACAGGUAUUGAACACAAAUAUAACUUAUAUUUAGCAGUGUAUCAAAAGGAAGCAUAUUUUAAUGAGUUUACAAAAUGAACUGAUGAAAACUGCCUUGAAUGUAGAUAUGUUUAUGGUUAAACAGAAUAAGGAGAUUAAAAAUAUCUAAAUGAUAAGAUUUCUGUUGACUUUAUCUCAUGAUAUUAACAUUUGAUGUGAUAGAUGUGAUUUCUCGUAAUGACGACAUUAUCUUGUUAUGAAUUUUAUCAGAUACAAAUGACUUUAGCUCAUAUUUCUGAUAUUUUGUUCCACAUAUAAUCUGACUGAUGGUAAUUAUUUUUUUAAAUCAUUUUGACUUUUAGCUCAUAUUUAUGUAUUCUUCUGAUAAAUACUUGGCCGGCUAAGUAGAAAAUUACUGAAGCCGAUCUGGCAUAAGCCCCAGUUUCCAACUAUCGCUAGUCAGGCUAUAGGCAUUAUUAUGACAAACACAUACAUUGUUAAUAAUCACUUGACAUUGAAUAUUAUGUAACAUUACAUUUAUGGCAGUGUUACACAGAAAAAAAUGCACCAAUAUAACUGUGUCUCUGCAGUUUGCUAGUUGGAGCAGAGCUUUUGACACAAAAACUUGGCAGUAGCUGCCAUGCUACUUUGCAUCGUGAGUUAGCUUCACUAACUGGCAUUGUCUUAAAGUUACUUACCAGCACAUGCUUUCUCAGAAAAAUGAAAAAAAAAAAAAAAAAAUGUAAAAAUGAAUGACUACACACAAUUAAAGAACUUGCAGGCGACUAAAAGUAGCCAGGCGUAGACUAUAUCCCAAUGUAACGGUGUAGAAGCACUUUUUUUCACCAUAAAUGUGACUGAGUAAGAGUAAAAAGUGUUCUACAAUAAAAUACUCCCAGAAGUUUUUUUUUUUUUUGCAGAAAAACAAAAACCCUACUCACGUACGUGUAACAGAGUAAGUGUAACGCGUUCCUGUUGUUUUAACCAAGCACAUAUUAGGACAGUAAAAAAUAACAUAUAUUGUUUCUUGAUUUACAAAACCCAGAGUAUCUACUAUGUUGUAUUUUAGUGUUGCCAUUUGUAUUUUUAUACUAUAAUUUCUACAACUAUUUCUUUACAGUGCAGCCUUUAUUUCAUUCCUCCCUCCAAUUACUAUCCUCCUUUUCUUAUGUCCUUUUUCUCUUCAUUCUAUCAUUGAAUUUACACUCUAAGGUGCUGUAGUAUCAUUCUGAAGUGCAAUUUUUCAGUGGAAGAGAGAGAGUUUCCUUUUUAAAUCAAAUCUAAAUAGAAAGAGCAAACAGAGAGAGCAUGUUUCGCUGUCUUCGUUUUUCUUUUUCCUUUUUUAAUUCGCUGUCAGAAUAUCCUGAUAAUGUCUGAGCAAAACUCUGAGGUGGUGUAAUAUCACGCUGAAGUGGUGGAUUCGCUUACAGCUGUGCCUGGUGUGUUAAGUUCCCGCUGUUACCACAGAGGUCAGGAGAGUUCAGCUAAUGUCUCCGUGCUGCUCCGUCUCCUCCUGUGAUCCUACUCCCGCUUUGGCUCGCAGUCUCUUUUACCUCCGCUCCGGGCUUUACCUCCAGCCUGUUUAGAUCAAUGGCUGCAUAUGCUUCCUAGCCACCCCCUCCCCACAGAAGAAACACAGACAGACAGAGUGGGUUCCAUUCUUUCUCUCAACUCAACAAGCCCCCUUCCUACCCUUCCCAUCCGUCCUCCACAGCAGACAGAGCAGACCUCCGGGAAGGCAGCGUGGAUUUUAACCAGUACUGCAUCUGGGUGAAUGGGAAGCAUCAGCAGAUGGAGACACGGCCUUCUUAGUUACUGGAAAUUAUUCCUUUCUAUAAAAGGAGGGAAGUGAUUAUCGUAUUUGUCGGUUUUGGAAAUUGCAUUUUUUCCCCUCCUUUUUGAGAUCCCAUCCCGAUCGGAGAUCAGGGUUCAUUUGGGGGAGAGGAUAGGCAAUUCUACCCCUAUUUCUCUCCUCCUCGGCAUCCUCCUGAUUUACCACACAGUGGAUUAUUAUUAUUUUUCUUCAUUUUGAUUGGCAGUUGGAUUGUUUGUACGAUUUGAAAAAAAAAGAAGACCUAACCCGGUAAUAGUCCUCCUUUCUGUGCUUCCUCGGGCUCAUCGGCUCCGGAGCAGAGCAGCAUGGAGCUGGUAAUGCUUCGAUGUACUGGUUAUGUCUGGGAGGCGCUGGGGUUGAUGAUGAGGAGGACCGCAGGGGUGUACCUGCUGCUGUUCUGCUGGGUGCUGGCAGCCCACUCCUUAGCGCAAGCCUCAGAUGCUUCCUCAUCUUCCUCCUCCUCACCAUGGCUUAGAGGUUUUGUAGACUUCACUUUCACCAUUGAACCUCAGGACAUGGUGACAGUACGAGGCAGUGUGCUACAGCUCGACUGCCAGGCGCACUCAGAUGUGGUGGAAAGACCUCUUAACAUCGCGUGGCGCAAGGAUGGAGUGCUGCUUAGUGCAGUGGUUGACGAGCGGCGGCGACAACUGGGUAAUGGUUCACUGCUGGUCCAGAAUGUAGUUCACUCGCGACACCACCGUCCUGAUGAGGGAGAAUACCAGUGUAUUGCCACGCUGGAUGGACUGGGAAGCAUUGUGAGCCGGACAGCAAGGAUCACUGUAGCGGGUCCACUGAAGGUGGUGGUCUCCACAGAGUCCGUGUCCUCUUAUGUUGGUGACACAGCCCUGCUGCGCUGUGAAGUCUCUGGUGACCCAAUGCCAGUCAUCCGCUGGCAAAAGAACAAAGAAGACCUGCUGCUAUCCUUAAACUCUGAUUCUCGUCUUGUGGUGCUGCCAUCAGGCUCACUGCAGGUGAGCCAAGUCCAGCCAACAGACUCAGCAACAUACCGCUGUCUGGCUGAGAACCCAGGCAGUACUAGGACAGGGGCGGAUGCAGAACUCAGAGUGCUCCCAGAACCCGAGAAGAUGAGGAACCUCCAGUUCCUACAACAUUCAUCCAAAGUAACAGCUCUGCUGGGAACAGAUGCUUUGCUGGAAUGUUCCGCCUCCGGAUACCCGACUCCAAGCAUCCAGUGGAGGAAAGGAGAAGAAGGGAUCCACAGUUGGAACAAAAAGUACUCUCUGCUGGGGGGCAGUAAUCUGAUUAUCAGGACCGUCACUGAUGAUGACUCUGGCAGUUACAGCUGUACAGCCACCAACAAGAACUACAACAUCACAGCACAUGCAGAGCUAAGUGUACUAGUUCCUCCACAGUUCCUGAACUACCCAACCAACACAUAUGCCUACGAGUCAACUGAUAUUGAGCUGGAGUGUGCUGUGACAGGAAACCCACAGCCAACUGUCCACUGGAUGAAGAAUGGGGAGGAAGUCAUCCCCAGCGACUACUUCCAGAUAGUGGAUGGCAGUAAUCUUCAGAUUUUGGGUGUGGUGAAGUCCGAUGAAGGAUUUUAUCAGUGUGUUGCUGAGAACUCUGCCGGCAGCUCACAGGCAAUGGCUCAACUGCUACUCCGAGAGCCAGUGCCCCCAAGCCCAGGCGUUGCCCUCCCCUCUGCCCCCCGCGACCUGGUCCCUGUCCUAGUGUCCAGCCAUUUUGUUCGACUCAGCUGGCGCCCACCAGAGAAGACCGGAGGAGCCGUGCAGACCUAUGGAGUUUAUUACUCCCAGGAUGGCACUGAGAGGGAGCGGUCAGUGAAUGUGUCAGAGCCAGAGUCUUUGGAAUUGACGGUUUCCAACCUCAAACCAGAGGAGACCUACAGCUUCAGACUUGUUGCUUACAACGACAUAGGGCCAGGAGAGAGCUCUGCCCCCCUCAAGAUCACCACCAAGCCUGACCUUCAGGUUCCCAGCAAGGCAGAGUCUCUCCGAGCUGGGGCUCUGUCUCCAACGUCUAUUCAGGUUAACUGGGAGCCACCCACCCACCCAAAUGGCCCUGUCCUGGGCUACAGACUGCUGUGGACUGAGAGCCCAUCCAGCAAGAAACAGGUGGGCACAGUGACUGAUACAGCUCCAUGCCCAUCAGCAGGAGUCUUUGUUCUGUCACAACUUCUUUGGAGGGUCAACAAUUUCACAGAGUACACGUUAGGUUUGGCAAUUACGAAUGGUACCACGGAGCGGUUGGCGAUUAACCGUUAUGGACCAGGGAGCGCCUCGGAGACUAUCAGUAUAACUACACAAUCAGAUGUACCCAGUGCUCCUCCACAGAACCUCACCUUGGAAGUUGUUCUGUCCAGGAGCAUUAAGAUAUCAUGGCAACCCCCACCCUCUCACUCCCAGAAUGGCAUUAUAAUUGCUUACAAGAUCAAGUAUAGGAAGACUGGUAGCCGUGGUGACCAGGAGGCCAUUGAACCCAACAACCUCUGGUACUUGUUUACAGGUCUAGAAAAGGGCAGUCAGUACAGUUUCCAGGUAGCAGCAAUGACAUCUAAUGGAACCGGUCCCUUCACUGACUGGCACACCACAGAGACGCCGGAGAACGACCUUGAUGAGAGUCAGGUUCCUGACCAACCAAGCUCUUUGCAUGUCAGGCCUCUAACCCACAGCAUCAUCAUGUCCUGGACUCCACCCCUCAGUCCCAACAUUUUGGUCCGGGGUUACAUUAUCGGUUAUGGAGUUGGAAGUCCAUACGCGGAAACUGUCAGGGUGGACACCAAGCAGAGAUACUACUCAAUAGAAAAUCUAGAGCCAAGCUCACACUAUGUGAUAUCCCUGAAGGCUUUCAACAAUGCAGGAGAGGGGGUUCCUCUGUAUGAGAGUGCUGUCACUCGAUCUCUGGCAGACCCCAUGGACCCAUCUGAGGAUGAUCUCUUUCACCUCUAUGAUAAAUACCCCACUCCCAUGCCAGACAUCAGCGCUCCCAUGAUCCCCCCAGUGGGGGUCCAGGCAGUGGCUCUGUCCUCGGACUCAGUCCGCAUCUCCUGGGCUGACAACUCCAUAACCAAGAACCAGAAGACAUCUGAAGUCCGGUACUACUCCAUCAAGUGGAAGACCAGCUACUCCACCAGUGGAAAGUACAAGUCUGCAGACACCACAGCGCUCAGCCACACUGUCACCGGUCUCAAACCAAACACCAUGUACGAGUUUGCUGUUAUGGUAACCAAAGGUCGCAAGUCAAGCACCUGGAGUAUGACUGCACACGCCACGACAUAUGAAGCGGCUCCUAGUUCUGCACCCAAAGAUUUGACAGUGAUUAGUCGUGAAGGGCGUCCUCGUGCCAUUUUGGUUAGCUGGCAACCACCUAUGGAGGCUAAUGGAAGAAUCACAGGUUACAUCCUGUACUUCACACUGGAUAAAAACAUGCCAAUCGAUGACUGGGUGAUGGAGUCAAUCAGCGGCGACCGGCUAACCCAUCAGAUAGUGGAUCUGCACCUCGAUACUGUAUACUACUUCAGAAUUCAGGCCAAAAACAGCAAAGGAGUUGGCCCUCUGUCUGAGUCCGUCCACUUCAGGACCACCAAAGUGGAACAUCCAGACAAAAUGGCCAAUGAUCAAGGAGGAGGAGUAGACCACACUUACUGGCCCUCUGACAACAACCUCAUUGACAGGAGCAGCAUUAAUGAGUCUCCCAUUGGUCAGAUGCGUCCACCUCAUGGCAGCGUCACACCUCAAAAAAACAGCAACCUCCUGGUCAUUAUUGUGGUUUCUGUGGGUGCCGUCACGUUGCUUGCAGUCGUCAUUGUGGUACUCAUCUGCACAAGACACUCCUCCGCCCAGCAGAAGAAAAAGAGAGCGAGCCACAGUGCCAAUAAGAGGAAGGGCAGCCAGAAGGACCUGAGGCCUCCUGACCUCUGGAUCCACCAUGAAGAGAUGGAGAUGAAGAACAUGGAGAAAGCUCCUAGUGUCGCCCCAUCUGGAAGAAAUUCACCCAUCCAGUCCUGUCAGGACCUCCCCCAGGUGGCACGUUGCCAAUCUGAGAGCCAGAUGGGCAGCAAAAGUAGUCACUCAGGAGCAGAUACUGAUGAAGUGUCCAGUAGUAUCUCCACUCUGGAGUGCUCGCUGGCUGCCAGACGGGGAACACGAGGCAAAAUGAUGAUCCCUAUGGACUCACAGCCAAGUAACACACCCAUGGUGAGUGCCAUCCCAGUGCCAGCUCUCGACUCCUCUCAGUAUCCUGGUAUUCUGCCUUCACCUUCCUGUGGCUUCACUAAGACCAAGUUCAGCCUGAAACCAAUGCCUUUUCCAAACCUGACUGUGGACAGAGCAUACCCACCAGACACCUCCAGCAGUCCCCUCCUCCAGCAGCAGCCUUCUCCUCAACAGACUACUCCGCUCCUCCUCGGUUCCUCUGCCCUGCCCGGGGAGCACGUUCCCACGGUUGGCCCAGUCCCGGGUGCCUCUGCUGCCACCACUGCCACUGAGGAGGCCCUCGCAUGUAACAGUCAGAACAUACCCACAGCCUGUAUAAGGCCGACGCACCCACUACGGAGCUUCACCAACCCUCUGCUGUCGCAACCUGUUGGGACAAUUGAUCCCAAAGUGCACAUUUCUGUAAUGCCGCAGUCUAGUGCAAGCCACCCCACACCCCAGGUGAAGACGGCUUCUGUGGGCCAGGCCAAUAAAGCUCGCUCUCCUCUUCUGCCUGUUUCAGUACCUACAGCACCAGACCUAUCAGAAGAGGAAAGAACGAAACUAGCAGAGGAUUCAGCCACCAACGUUUAUGAACAGGAUGACCUGUCAGAGCAGAUGGCCAGUCUAGAAGGGUUGAUGAAGCAACUCAAUGCCAUUACCGGCUCUGCCUUUUAACUUCUAACCCAAUCACAUCUGUGAAGGUUCUCUGUCAUCCAGGUCAUGGUACCUGCUACCUGUUUUGUCAUUCUGGGUUUUAGGAUGCCUUCAUGGAAUCAGACUUCAGUUUGGGCUGGGUUGAAUUUUUUUUGUUUGUUUGUUUGUUUGUUUGUUUGUUUUUUGGUUUCUACUGAUUUCAUCUAGUAUCUACUGGAAACCGGACAUGCAUACUACAGCACCACCAUAUCAACUGGACUAAUGUUGAGGGGCUUCUUAGAGAAGUAAAACUGAAAAAAAAAACCCUUCAAACUCAAACACUAAAACUAGAAAAACUCAAUGAUUAAUGUCUCAACUCAGUGAUAUGGGAAGAAGGAAUUAUCAAAGCAACAGAAGAUAAAGAGACCCCUUCUGUUUCUCUUAUUUGUGGUAUUUAUUAGUACCCUCCUCUUGAGUUCUCUGCUCAGUUACUGUGACUGUACCUCAUUUAUUUUUCAUGAUCACUGUUAGAAGUGCUCAUUUUGUCUUUUGUUUUAGUUGUUGUUUGAUAUCCCAGAUUUCUAAGUCUACAGGAUGUGUAAAUGGUUUGAAGAAUUAAACAGAACCUACAGUGGGAAACAGAAAACUCAGCCACCAAAGUUCCACUCAACUAUUUUUUGUGGUUCUGAACCUGCGUGUUGUGGCAGCGUGAGGUGAUCCUCUCCAGGAUUUCUUUUCUAUUUUCUUCAGUAACUCUUUAGUACCUCUCUCCAGCAAAGCGGUAUGACGUCACAGAACCAGCCAUCAUCCAUAACAUGUGUAGCCAUUCCACCUCUUUGAUCUUGAGAUAAAAAAAUAAACUUAUUAAAAUUUUGAGGAAUCUGUAAGACUGAUCUUUAUUAAAACUUCAAACUGCAAAGGCUAUGAUGCUUCUCUUUAGGUCACGUCAUUACUCUCUAUUACCUAUAAAGACUUAUUUCAUUCUCAUCCUGGAAAGCUUGUUUUUACUUUCUUUGCUUUUGCUGGUCUAAGUACAUCUCUGUUCCAAACAUUGACUGGAAAUCUGAGAAAGUUAUUGUCUUUACAUAACAAAUGUUAAUUGAAAUCUGGAGCUGGAUUGAUGAGACCAAUGACAUCCUAAACUAAAGUCAUUUUUGUCUUUACCAUGAACGUGUUGACAUGAACAAAUUCCUAUAGACUCUUUAACUUGACUCAGUUUGUCAUUAUGUAUGAUGUAUUGUAUACAUAUCAAAUUAGAUAUUAGAUUCAGUGCAGUGUUGCACACUGUUUAGAGAACUAAAGAAAGGCUCUGUUCCCAGAAAGGAAGUGUACAAAAGAUUAGUAAAGCUUUUUACCGAUGUUCAUGAUCACAAGACAAUUAUUCUUGGAUCGAGGUCUAAAUUAUCAUAAGAUAAUAUCACAAAAACAGAUAACAGUUUGUUAUUUUGAGAUAACAAGAUUAAGCUGUAUACUACAGUAUGAUAUUCACAACAAGCCACAAGAAAGCUCGAUCAUCUAUUGAGAAGGUGUUACAGCUACACGAUUUUGUUAUUAUUACUGUGGAACAGUUAAGGCUAAUGAACUCUAAUGUUUAAAAUUCAUUUUUGACUUUUUAAAUAUUUCAGUAUGUACUUGGCUGAAUGUGUGUUGUGUUUUUACAUGCUUUUGAUGAAUUCAUAUUUAUUUUUCGUAAAAAGAGAACACUCACAUAUGUCUGUCAGCCACAUGGGAAAAUUGUAAAACAGACAGCUUCAUUUCAGAAGGUUUUUAUACAAAAGAGAAAAAACAUAAACGCAUAAUGCAUAUUUGACAAAGUAUAUUUUUGCAUUUGCAUUGUGUUUUUACGAAUCAUCUUCUACACAGAGCUAAACAUAGCAAAAAUGUUUUACUUACAGCCAUUAAGUACAUCAAACUGUGAAAUUCAUUCAAAAUUCCAUGAGUAAUUGGUCUUAAUGUAAGUGGGGUGAAGCAAACGUGUUACAGUGGGGCAACUGAACCUUCAGAAUUUGUGUUUCCACAUGAGGUCAAGAACACAGUGCAAAGACCACAGGGUUAGUCUUUCAGAUCAACCAGAUUUGGAUUGAGAACUUGAACCAGAAUGAGAUAAGAUGUGUUAGAGAUGUUUUUUCUUCUCUACAAAACUCCUGACAAGCAGAAAUGACAUAAAAACUCUUAAGAAAUUACGCAUUUCAUUCGUUAGAAUCAUUAUAGACGCUUAUUUUUAGUGCAUUGACCUUAAUUUGACUAACUUUGCAUUAACAAAGCAAAUGUUGAGUUGACUGCUUCUAGCAAACAUGUGAGGGAUGGCUACAGCAGUUAGAUCACACCAAAUAUGUGGGGUAAUGGUUCACCUGACCAUGGUGUCUAGUGACUGAAUAAUGAUAAACCAACUACUUAAAACUGCUUCAGACAGAUGAUCCAUGUCAAUUGUCGUUUGUUUAGUUUUACUUUAGUACCAUUACAUCAUGUGUCCAGGGGCCAGGACUAUUCCAAAAACAGUCAUAGAUGCCCUAAAAUUGAGAUUGAUAUUUUGGAGUAACCCCCUGAACCAUGCUUUUGAGUUUGUAACAAAAGAACUCAACUAAUACUUACAUGGCAUCACACAUACUUGUCAUCUAAACUUGUGUUGAGGCUUUGCUGGACUAUUUGCAUCUAGUAUUUGUACCAUAACAUGACACAUGUUUGUUUUUUUGCCUAGAAAACUUUAGUAAGUUCUUAUUUAACCGUGAUGGUCUAAUAACCGUAAGGUAAAGUUACUGUUUCUUUCAACCAGGUCAAUUUUCCAUUGAUGUGGUUUUAAACGCAGGAACUAGUCACCUGAAAUGGCCACUAUGCCACUAAGAUACUAAGGAUAUUUGCUGGUUGAACUGGUUACUGAUGUAUUCCUCCACAUAUGCCAGAUUAUUUACAUGUGUGAACUUAAUAUUUCUUCUGUUCUCAUCCAAGACCAUCAUGGAGGUUUUCCAACUCUGUUAUCAACAAGUCCCAUCUUUGCAGCAAAGGUAUUCCUCCUCAGUCAGGAGUAGAAUUCACCAGAACAGUUUCCGAACAGUUGGCCUAGUAUUUCACUGUGUUCUGUUGUCUGUCUAUAUCAUUAUCAUUCUCUGUCUCUUUCAUUUGAUUUAGCUCAUUGUCUGUGUACUCUAAUAAAUAAGGUUGACCAUCAAACUGGAA